GUGACAAGAGCUUCAUUUGGGCUGCGACUCCCUCUCCUCUUGGCUCUUCCUUUUGAGCUCCUGGCUUCCUCUGCCGUCCAGAGGCCUCCGCUGGUCUCUUGUCUUCCCAUGCUGGCUCCCGUAGCCUUCCCCAUCUCCCCAGUCCAAAGACGAAUCCCCUUGUCUUUGAGAAUAAGGCCUGUCCGUCUCCUGGGGAGGCCAAGAUAAGUUUGGUGAAGAGAUCUUUUCGGAAGUCACAUUUUUAUACGCUCCCGUAUACCCCUCAAAAGCUACUUCCUUCCCAAGGACGCUCGUUGAAUGUAUUCUCUCCGAGAGGUCUCAGGGACACAGAUGUAGGGAACAUGAGGGACCGAGGUCGACCGUGCCUGGGGGAAACAAACUUCUUAAAUGAGCACAGACCAGGUAGAAUGGAAUGGAGAUUAAGGGCUUAUGUGCCAACAGGUUCUGGGAUACCAAAAAUUGAAUCAGUCCCUGCCCUCAAGAGACUUAAAUUCCACUGGAGAAGGGAGUGAAGGCCUGGGCAGCAUGACGACGGAGACCUUUGUGAAAGAUAUCAAACCAGGACUUAAGAAUCUGAAUCUCAUCUUCAUUGUGCUAGAAACAGGCCGAGUGACCAAGACAAAAGAUGGACAUGAGGUGAGGACCUGCAAAGUAGCAGAUAAAACAGGUAGCAUCAAUAUAUCUGUUUGGGAUGAUGUUGGCAACCUGAUCCAGCCUGGGGACAUUAUUCGACUCACCAAGGGAUAUGCUUCAGUAUUUAAAGGCUGUCUGACGCUCUACACUGGCCGUGGGGGUGAUCUGCAGAAGAUUGGAGAAUUCUGUAUGGUUUAUUCUGAGGUCCCCAACUUCAGUGAGCCAAACCCCGAGUACAGUGCCCAGCAGCUCCCCAGCAAAACGGUACAGAACGACAGUACCUCUGCCACUUCCCAGUCCCCUUCUGGCCCUCCUGCUGUCUCUUCAGCCUCUGAGAAUCAAAAUGGGAACAGCCUAACCACGCCCCCUGGCCCAGGCAGUGGCCCCCAUGCACCCCACGCCCCUACUCACCCUAUCAGCACCCGCAUCACUCGAAGUCAGCCUAGCCACACACCUGCUGGCCCUCCAGGCCCCUCCUCCAACCCUGUCAGCAACGGCAAAGAGACUCGAAGGAGCAGCAAGAGAUAGCGAGACACCCUUCUUCCUCAUGAAGACACCCCUCUUCUCUGUCUCCCCACUAGGAACAAAGACUGCCCAUUGGGAGCUAGCUGGGUGUGUAUGGUAGGGGGGUAUUAUAGCCUCAAACUUUCUGAGCUGAUGUAGAGGGGGGCAGUCGUCUCUCCCCCUUAUUUCUUAAGCCAAACCCCAUCCCCCCACGCAAGUACUUUGUCUCCUGCCCCUUCAUUCUGGGCACUCCCAACCUCCUCUGCCCUUUUUAGAAACCAAAUUUGGGGUGAGUAUGUUAAAUAUGUGUGAUAUAGGGGACUUCCCUAAUAAAUACUUACACCCAGUG